AUGAAUGACAAUGUGGUACAAGAAGAGAAUGAAGUUGGAGAGCUUAAUGAAGUACUAAAUAACGAGGUACUUUUGUCAGGAUCAUCUUCAGAUGAAGGUCCAGUUGGUCAACGAAAGAAGACCAUCAAAGCUAUCCAACGAGCUCAUGAGAAUGAUGAAGCAAAUGUUGAUGAACCAUUUUAUAUCCUUCAAACCUUUAAUACAGCCCAAGAGUUUAAAGAAAGAGUUAAAUUCCAUGCUAUUGAGACAAGAAGGGAACUUGGUUUUGAAAAAAAUGACAAGAAUAUGGUAAGAGUUGUAUGUAGGGGGACAAUACCAAAACUGGGAAACUUAGACAAAAGUGGGGAAGGUCAACAAGAAGUCAACAAUGAAGAUGAAGAGAAGUGCCCGUGGAGCCUCUACGCUAGUAAAUAG